UAGAUCUACUUUUGUAGCUACGAAUUUGAACGUUAAUACCAUUGUUUUUAUUACAUUGAUUAUUCCUGUUUAUGAAAGAAAAACUCAUUGCUGUAUGACCCUUGUGGGUUUAGCACUUUUUUUUUCAACAAACUGGCCAUAUCCCACUGAGGCAGGGUGACCUAAAAAGAAAAACGAAAGUUUCUCUCUUUAAAUUUAGUAAUUUAUACAGGAGAAGGGGUUACUAGCCCCUUAAUUAUUAUUAUAAUAAUAAUGAAAGAGAAACUAAUAUGUAAUUUAAAUGUCUACAGGUACGAUUAUGAGGUUCUGAUGAGGAAUUCAACAUUCUGCCUGGUGCCCCGAGGUCGUCGCCUAGGGUCCUUCCGUUUCCUGGAGGUGCUGCAGGCUGGUUGUAUUCCAGUGUUGUUGGCCAAUGGAUGGGAACUCCCCUUCAGUGAGGUCAUUGACUGGAGCCAGUCUACUAUACGAGCGGACGAGAGACUCCUCCUGCAGGUGCCAGAUAUGGUGCGGUCCAUAAAUGCUUCACAGAUGCUGCACAUGAGACAACAAACGCAAAUCAUGUGGAAUCAGUAUUUUUCUUCCAUACAAAAGAUAGUACAUUCUACCCUUGAGAUUGUUGCAGACAGAGUGAGAAGACACAGAUCACAUCCAAUGUCUGUCUGGAACUCAAGUCCAGGAGCUUUGGCAAUUAACUUGACCUUCUCCGACUAUUUGCCACAUUUUCCCUUCUACUUGACCUCUUUUGGUACGACUCCAAACUCGAGGUAUACAGCAGUGAUAUCAGUAACUCAUGGUGGCAGCAGUCCAAUUCACACCACACCUCUCUACAAGCUGGUCAAGAAUAUUGCUCGUAGCAAGUUUGUUGAAAGGAUUGUAGUUGUGUGGAGCAGCAGUAGCCAAGUUGCACCCACAGAGAGUCGUCUUCCAGGAGGAAGUGUUCCAGUACACAUCGUAGUGUCGGCGGAUCGGUCAACUUCAGCACGACACAGCCCACACCCACUCAUUACCACCGAUGCUGUGUUCUCCCUCGAUGAGGAUGUUUCACUCACUACAGAUGAGCUUGACUUUGCUUUCACUGUAUGGCGAACAUUCCCGGACAGAAUUGUUGGUUAUCCUGCACGUUCACAUCACUGGGAUGAUUCUAAGGCGGGAUGGAGUUAUACAAGCAGAUGGACCAAUUCGUAUUCUCUGGUGUUGACGGGAGCUGCAGUAUAUCACCGUUACUGGCAGCACGUGUACACCUAUCAGUCUCCCUCAGGUCUUCUCUCCACUGUCAAAACCACCUCAAACUGUGAUGACAUUCUCAUGAACUUCUUAGUUUCUGCCAUCACCAGACGACCACCUAUCAAGCUCACUCAGCGCAAACAGUACAAGGACAAUGCUUCAGAAGCAAGAUGGAUAUGGACAGACCCUACCCAUUUUCACCAGCGAACUGUCUGCCUCAACACAUUCGUUUCACUUAUGGGGCACAUGCCUCUACGACAUUCUAAUCUCCGUCUUGACCCUGUGCUUUUUAAGGACAAAGUUUCAAUGCAAAGGAAAAAAUAUCGACAAAUUGAGAAAAUAGGUAGCUAACAACAGCUAAUGUUUAGGUUUUAUAGUAAAUUAGUUUUCGGUGGGUAUUUUGUUUUGAGUGAGAAUUAUUUUCACACUAAGAUAAAUUCAGUGGAACAUCGGUAGUUCAGUUAGACUGAGUAUUUACAGAUUGCCUUCAUCUACUUAUUGUGUACUAAAAAUGGAAGUUAGAUUCUAAUUAUUUCAUAUUGCCUUUGCUUUGUGCAGAAGUUUUAAUUUAGAUUACAGAAUUUCACAAAAUAACUGGUGGAUCCCAGAAAAUUAUUUGCUCUUUAAAAGAGUCAUAGUCCAUUAAGUUUUGGAAAGUAUUUCCAAUUCUUUUAUAAAGUAUAGAACAUAUCAGGUGUGUGAUAUGUUCGUGUGUGAAUUCCUAGGUCAUUUUGUACAUGAACAUUUUUUUUAAUUCUAAUAAUUUGCAACACUUCACAUGUACUGUAACAACAUGGGCAGUUUGUAUAGAUUUUUAGAUUCGUGUAUAUUAAGGAAAUUGUAGAAGUAUUUACGGAGGUUAAUGUGUACAGCAGAUGACAGCCAUGUCUGUAGUCAUGUAAUGGAUAAAGUGAGUCAUUCAUUAUGGUGCCAUUUGUUAUAGCUAUGUAUGUUUAUAAUAAGGACACAGUCAUAGCUUAUUUAAGUUUUCCUUCUGUUAGGAAAUUGUGCUCAAAGGUUCUUUUUAUAUUGUAGUUUCUAGUUAUGGAAUUGGAGAAAUAUAAAUGAAUGGUUUGGUGAAAGAUGGCAGCAUUUUUCAUGCAUUCUAGAUGGCUUCCAGACACCAUCUUCCAUGCUCUUAAAUUGUUAAGUUAGGUUUGCUUGUUUAACACCAAACCAAAUAUUUUUUAGUCUGGGAGUGGGAGUUGCUAUUUUUUGCCAGAGUCAUUCCAAAAGUUCCUGUAAACAUAUAGAUUAAGAGCUACCUACUUGUUGAUGGUCUUGGGGUUCACCUCUGCAGUAUGGUCCCAGACCAGGCCUGGUUGAUGGCCUGAUCAGCGAGGUUCUUGUUGCUAGCAGCACUCACUCCAACAUAAGUCCCACACCUUGUAGGACAUUGUCAGGUUUCUUGACAGCUAGAGUGUCUGUUGAUAGGAAACAUAUUGAAUCCUCCAUUGCAAUGCACUUAGCUCUCAUAGCCAUACUCAUUUUGAGUUCAUAUUAUGCUCCUGGUGUUAGCAAAAAUUUGUUUUCCUUGUUAUUGGUCAGAAUUUCACGAUACACUACUCUGAUACUGCAGCCCAAGAUUUGUUGAUUUAAUCUUGUGAAUGCUCUAAUGGUGCAUGUGGAGUUUUAAAAACACAGGCUUAUAUGAAGAUAAAAAUAUCACUAUUUUGAAACAAUACUCCUCGGGUGCAAUAAUUACAACUUAUAAUUCUACAAUAUUUAAGGAACAAUCUUUCUGUUUCAGAAUUUCUGCUUAACAGUAGAAAAUAUGUGGAGAAAUAUUUGAAUACUUUUUAAUUUAAGUAUUUUAUAAGAAAAUUCAGUUUGAGAAGCUAAUGAAACACAAGAUGUUUAUUGAAUACUCAUUUUUGUGUCUAAAGUAAUAGUUGGUGCUUCGUUAAUGUACAUAGGCAAAAUAUAUGGCAGGAGAAUGUCAUUUCUAUGUAUGUAUGAUGCUGAAUAGUUGACUGAAGAUGUUUAAAUGUAAAUAAUUUGUGUACUCUCGCAUUGAAAAUAUUUCUCAAGCAUCUGAAAUGGUCUGUAGAUCUCGGUAAUGCAGUUACUUAUAUUUUUACAGCUUUCUUUAAACUGAAUCUGAUAUUUAAUACAGCUGAAGCAUACACUAAAUUGUCUAACGUAACAAUUAUUUAGCUUGGUAAAUAAUAAUAUAAUCAUAACUAAGUACUAAACCCUUAAAGGUAACAAACUUCAUUCUAUUAAACCGAGCAUAGGUUACUGGCCGUCUUCUUGUCAUCAGUGCCGAGGUUGGGAGACCACUCUCUCCCGCCUUCGCAUUGGCCACACUCGUCUUACUCAUGGGUAUCUCAUGGAGAGGCACCCUGCUCCUCUCUGUGAGCAGUGUCAAGUUCCAGUAUCGAUUAGCCACAUUCUGUUAGACUGCCCUCUCUAUCAACGAGCACGCAGAAUUUACCUCCAACGUCGUCUUUGUUCUACUACUCUCUCUCUACCUUCCCUUCUUGCUGAUGGACCCUCCUUUAAUCCUGACUCUCUCAUUGACUUCUUGACAACGACUGAUUUACUCCACAAACUCUGAUGAUACUUUUCGCACUCCCCUCAGCCCUUUCUAGUUCAGUCUCUUGCUGCCCUUUACCCUUUCACCAUCCACUGCCCCGCUGUUAUCCGUAACCUAUUACUCAUUCAUCUCCCUUUUGCCACCUGAUGCCCUCGCUUCCUUCCUGCCCUGCAGCGCUGUAUAGUCCUUGUGGCUUAGCGCUUCUUUUUGAUUAUAAUAAUAAUAAUCUGAAAUGAAUGUUGAAACUACAAAGUCUACAGGUCUGUGAAACAUGCUUGUAAUUUGUAAUUCAUCAUAAAUCAUCUUGGUGAUUUUUAAUGAACUUAAAAUAAAAUUUAGGUUUUUAAAUGGCAGUGUGUGACAUACACCAUGAUCUAAUGAAACAGUUUUCAAACUAUUGUGCGUUUCCUAGCUUAUUUAAUAAUAUUUGAGCAUUAGUGGAGAACAGAUAGUAAAAAUUAAACGAAGGUUUUCCAUUGUAGUAAAAUACUUACUGGAACUCAUCAGAACUAGUCUCAUAAUUAAUGUUUAUACGCUGUAUAGCCCUUGUGGCUUAGCGCUUCUUUUUGAUUAUAAUAAUAAUUAAUGUUUAUAAAGUAAUUUUUUUUUACUUGAAUUUAUAUUUUUGAUAGUUUAUAUGAAAUUCUUAGUCUGUUAUGUGAAAGAUUGAUUUAUAAACACUAGAUGCUAGCUCAUUCACUUCACAGUUAAGCUGAUAUGAAAUGAAAAUUUUACAAUACUAUGAAAGUAACAUUGUUUAAAGAGCACUGGAGAUGAACUGGUGAAGCAACUUAUGCAAGACUACCACCGAGUGUACAAGAAAGAACAUAAAGGCACAAUAAUGUGACUGGAACAAUACAGAAAUAACCUGCACAUAGAAGAAAAACUUAUAACGACAGUUUCAGUCCAGCUUGGACCAUUGACUAGUCAGUGGUCCAAGUGUACAAUUAUUUACAGGGAAAAUUGUCAUACCCAUAAAGAUUAUACAGCACUAGGAAAAUUGGAGGUAAUCAAAGUAAGGGAAUGGUAGCAUUUCCCUUCCACCAUUUUCCCUUUACCACUCCUCAAUUGAAGGGACACUCUUCACAAAAUUUGGCUUAGACACAUGUCUAAUAAAGUUCACAAGAUUUUUGUACACUAGGUGAUGUAGUUGGCAUGGCUGUUAUGCGAGUAAGGUCACUGGAUUGGUCCCUAGUACUCCUUACACAAUAACCUGGAAAUCUAGUGAUGCAGCAUUUUGUUUAAACUUGGUAAAAAUGCAUAGCAGCUAAGUUCAAAAUCUGUUGGCAAUACACACUACCACCACCACCACUUGUUAGUCUUAGGGAAAUUCCAGUUUUAUAUGUGAACAUCUUAAGACUGAAUACUUUUGUGGAUACCACAUACUAAAUAAAGGCGUAAUGCUGGCAAGUGGUACACACACUUAAUGCAGUGGUCUUCAUUGGUACAAUGUUGCACCCAAUAGACUUCAGUACGUUAAAUGUAUUUACCACUUCUUUGAAUACUGAGUCAUGAUAAUCUGUAUGUGAGAAUGUUGUCCUUGUGUGAGUGAAGGAUGAAUGGUGUUUGUUUGUAUUCCAAUGAUUUGGUAAUGUUCCUUCAAGAUAUAUUUUCACAGUAAUGUUGUCCUCAAUAAUUGGGAAUUCAGGGUGUAUUUUUAUAGCUGGAAAAUCCACUAAAGGUAAUGUAAAUAUUGUAUAGCUUCUAUACUGUGUAGUGCACAGAAUUCUAUGAGUGAAGUGGGGAAUGUGUGUAAUCAAGCAUACUCCAUUCUUAAGUAAAUACAGUGGCAAUAAAUGUAUUAUACUAAUUACAAAGAUUCAGCAUGCCCUUAGUUGUGAAGUAUAUAAUUGUUGUUACUUUACGAGUAAACUUAAAUUUGGAUUCAUCCUGUCAGGAGCAGGAGGGACAUGGCUUACAGAUGUUCCUCUAAGUAAAGGUGAGCCAUGUCCAUCCACUCACCCGUCCAAAAUGUAAUUUUUUACCAUUUUACUAUGAACUUCCCAUGCUUCAUUUCAUUAUUUUAGCAGUCUCACUGAUUUCUUAAUGAAAUUAUUACUGAAAAGCAAUAACACAAAAGAUUUAAAUUUUGAUAGUUUCAAAUCAUUUGAAAUUAUUCUGUCAGCUAAGGAAUUCUCACGAUUAUAAUCCAUACAAGUGGAACUUUAAGAAUUGUUAGAAGUGUCUAAAAUACAAAUCAAAAGAUAACUUAUUUAGGGAUUAGAGGUAAUGUUGUAAUACUCACAAUGUAUGUUCUGUAAACAAAUUCUCAUCCAAUUAAAAUGUGUAAAAAUAUUAAGGGUUGUUGUAUUAUGUUGUAGUUGACAGAAAAUAAUCAGCUGAGAGGAAGAAAGGAUGAUACAUUAUCAAUACACAAGAUUAUAGAAGGAUAAGAGAAUCAGUAAGGAACAUUUCCUAACACCAAGAGGGAGAACAAGAGAUCAUAGCUAAACACUAAGCAACAAGAGGUGAUGGAAAGAUACUAAAAUGGUCAUCACAGUAGUGGAACAACAGAACGAGUGUUUUAAUGGCAGGUGUUACCAACAAGUAUGGUAGGAAGAUACUCAGUGCAGACUAAACCCUUAUUAUUGACACUGUUUUGUUCUGUGUAGAACUUUACCAAGCCAUGACUUGAUAAAGCUAUGCAAAGGGCAAAAUGGUGUCCAUGAAGGCUUGCUCUGUACCAAAUGUCUUUCUGCCAAUGAACUGGGUUACAAGAGGUAUUAAGUGUAACAACAACCACUAGAAAUUGAAGAAAUCAUUUGAUACUGAAGAGUAGUAACAGGAAAAGGAUUCUUACAUGUUGCUAGUUACAGAUGAUGCAAAGAUGUCAUUCAUCUGCAGCCUUCAGACAUUGGAGGUUAGAGAGGAAUAUAACAUGUGCAAUACCUGAGCAUCUGUACAGAGACUUUUCUUAUAUGUGGCAGUCUUUAUCAGUCGAAUGCAAAGGCAUGAAGUUCAAACCUUUUAUACUGGAGCUAGUGGAAGAAGUGUCUCGAGAUGCAGCAAUAGAAGACCUGGUCACAUGUAGGCGGGGCCCACUGGGGAAGCAGAUGAGGUCCAGUCCACAUGUGACCAUGCUGUCAACUGCUACACCUCUCCAUUUCUUCAGUAUAAAAGGCAUACAUGUCUGCUUCUCAAUAAAGAUACCCAGGUGUUGCACGUCUUACUUAUCAUCUUGUCGAUAUUGUACAUUUGAUCUAAGGAGCUAAGGAGUAAUGUUGGAGGAUAAGUGUUUGUUAGAAUUAAGCCCCUAGUACAUGCAGUGAUGAUGAUGCCAGCUAAGGAAAUGAAACCAGAAACAAUAGUUUAUCUGACAGAGAAGAAACUUUAGGCAUUGGACAAUAUCAGGGGACGGACAUCACUCCUGACUUAUAUCCUGAAGCACAGAUUAGACAUACCAUCAUUGUUUACAUGACUGGCUAUUAUAAAAACUUCUGUCAUUAAAGAUGCUGUACACCAUGUAUGAGUUACUAGUUGACAUUGCAGCACUAGUGUGUAGUCAGUGCUAGCCAAGCACAAAGUGGUUUGCCACCCAGAUUAUUAUUAUAAUCAAAACUAAGUACUAAACCCACCCAGAGCUUAAGUGUAUGAGCUGUGAGGAAUGGCACCAGGAGCCAAGGCUUUUGCCACUGGACAAGAUACUCCAUGGUAUAAACAGAAUAGAAAAGGACAGAGUGCCUGUUAUGGCAAGGAGAGAACAAAUAGGCAUAAAUCUAAACUGAAUGCCUAGAUGAGCCACAGGGAUGUCAAGAACUAUUUUCCAGUGUAAUCAUGAAAAACAAUUAUGAGCCAAGUGAAGAGGUAGCAAAGACAAAAUUCAUUAAUGGGUUCCAAAGUAAAUUUAAUAAGAGCUCAAAAGACUAUGGUAGGAAUGAGCCAUUUGUAUCAAUUAUUUGAAGAUUAAGAAGCUAGACCACAGAUUGCGAGUAUUUGCAAACAAAUAAAACAUGCAGCUAUUAUAGGAGAGUGGUUAAAAAUGUCCUGCCAAAUACUUUGGUUUCUGAUUAAAAUACUGUACUGUAUAUCAAGUCUUAAGCUAAUAUGAGUAAAAUUAUACAAUAUAUGGGUAGAUUGCAUUUAUUUUGAUUUUUAAAAAAGCUUUUAAUAUAUCUCCUCGUGAAAGAUUAAUCUGCAACAAAAUAUAGGAGAAAUAAAUAAUAAAUGUUAUAUUGGAUGAGAUUUUUUUGUGUUAGCAACUUAUAAACAAUGGUAAAGAGGAAUUAUGUUUUGAUAAGAUCACAAGGAUGACUGCCCAAUGUUUUCAGUUUCUAUUAAUAUAUUACCAGAAGGAAUAAAAAUUAUCAAACGUUUGUGGAUGAUGUAAGAUAUUCUGUAAAACAUAACAAAAUGACUCUCUCUCUCAAAGAAACCUGGAUAAAUUAAGUUAGUAGUGUGAUGGAUGUAUUAUAUAAUUUCAAGUAGAUUAAUACCAUAAUGAAAGGUGAGAAAGGCCACAUGAAGAAUGUGUGCAUUAUGGGAGAAAAUAUUGAGAGCUGGAGAGAGAGGGGCAAGUCAAAGGAAUUAUGGAAGAUCACCAUAAGAAUAUCAAAUUUAAUAAGAAAAAUACAUGCAAUAUUGAUAAACUUCAAGAUAGUCUAGAUAAAGUGAUGGAAAAAAUGCUAAAUAAGAUGUCCACAAUGUUAGACUAAAAUUGUAAUAUCUAGUGGUCAUGGUGUCCUCACCUAAAGUAUCAUUAUAUUUCAGGGAAACACUAAACCUAAAGGAGUUGUGUAGUACCUGGGGAAAUAGGGGGUAAUCAAAUUUGAUCUAAGAAAGGGGGAAUGGGUGAAGGCUCCAAUUCCGUGAAUAACAAACCUUCAGCAGUAUCAAGGUUGUUCUUCCCUCACCCUCUUGUACAGUGUGCACCAUGCACCUUUAAUACAAAUAAUACAUAGUACUGUAAUAGAUAAACCAUAAAUUUGAGUUACAAAAUGGUUCCCAAAGCUAUUGAAAGGCAUGGUCCAAAGAAAAACUGGAAGCACUAAGAACAUUCUCAUUUGUUUCCCUGAGAUGAUGAUUUUGAGAAAUGUGGCAAAGCUCAUUAUUUUUAUAGAGUUUAUGGUGACUGAAGGAGGGAGGAUGUAAGGAAAAGAAAGGUUGGAUGUGAGGAAAAGGACUUAGAAGGUGAGGGAGUUAGGUUAGAGAAUUAAUCAAGUGCGGUGUGUGUGUGUGUGGGGGUGGGGGGUUAGCGGGAGGGGACAGGACAAUAUAAACUACUUCAUUCAAGGCAUCAGAUGGGAAGCUGUUGCUGCUGGAUGUAUGUAACUAUCAGAUUGUGCUGUAUGAGUCACAAAACAAUGUAUAAUAACCUAAUAUACACACAUUUUUUCAACACGUCGGCUGUCUCCCACCGAGGCAGAGUGACCAAAAAAGCAACACUCAAUAUCAUUCACACACAAUCACUGUCCUUGCAUAGGCACCCAGAUAUGACAGUUUAGAUGUCGCUAAAAACAGCCAAUAUUUCAAACUCCUUCUUUAAAGUACAAGCAUUGUACUUCCCACCUACGGUUUACCCUGAAUUCCUUCACAAAAUAUUACCCUGCUCACACUGCAACAGCUCAUCAGGUCCCAAAAACCAUUCAUCUCCAUUCGCUCCUGUCUAACACACUCACACAUGCCUGCUGCAUGUCCAAGUCCCUUGCACACAAAACCUCUUUUACCCCCUCUCUCCCUCCACCAUAUAAGAGUGUUGGUACCACUAUACUGUUGUAUAUUCCCUUCUUUGCCUCCAUGGGUAAUGUUUUUUGUCUCCACAGAUACCUCAGUGCACCACUCACCUUUUUUUUUUUUCCUUUAUCAGUUCUGUGGUUAACCUCAUCCUUCAUAAACCCAUCCGCUGACAAGUCAACUCCCAAAUGUCUGAACACAUUCACUUCUUCCAUACUCCCUCCCUCCCAAUGUGAUAUCAAUUUUCCUUUACCCAACUCAUUUGAUAUCCUCAUCACCUUACUCUUAUCUACGUUCACUUCCAACUGUCUUCCAUUACGCAACACCCUAGCGCUGGCUUCUUUUACAACUCCAUCUAUAAAUAUGUUAAACAACCAUGGUGACAUUACACAUCCCUGUCUAAGACCUACUUGUACUGAAAAGCAAUCUCUCCCUCUCCUACACACCCUAAUAUGAGCCUAUCCUCAUAAAAACUCUAUACAGCAUUUAGUAACUUACUACCUCCCCCCCUCCCUUUCCCUUUAAAGCAUAAGUGUGGGGUGAAAUGUAUGUGGGAAAAAGUUGGGAGGAAGGAACAAUACUCUUUAUUCCUGUCACGCAUUCAUUCUCAUUCAUCCAUUACCAUUAAUAAACUUUGCACCAUUCUUUCUACAUGACUAAAAUCAUCUUGGCCCUUUUGGUCUUUUAAUUACACCUCAUACCACAAACCAUUUUCUGUUAAUUUUCCUAUUCUCCUUAUAUUAACACACAAUCUUAGAUGUGUCUCCAUUGUCUCCAACAUCACUGUCCUCUUCACAGCUACACUCAAGAGACUGUCUCACAUUUAUACAAGCACUGCCACCACAAUACAGCUGGUGAAAUACAGGAAUAAGUUAGAGAGUACUAUAACUACUUAAAAUACUGUAUAUGAAAUAAUUACCAAAAAUGGAACACAAUCAGUACAACUCCACUCCUGUAGAUUUCAACAGGUAAUUACAAAUAGGUAAUUAAAAAGGAAUCCUGCAAAUCCUUGAACAUCUUUCCUUCUAUCACAGCCUCAGUGAAGCAACACACUAACAGUCCCAACACUCCACCUACUUUCAACAUUCCAGUUUUAAUCAUUUACUUUCACUGCUUUACCAACCUGCAAUGGUCAUUCCUCUUCAACCCAAGUAUCAAAUUGUUGCCACAGUUAUUUGUAUAUAAAAAUGAUGAAGCAGAAGUUAUUAAUGCAUUGUACCUUAAGACAUGACUAGGUGAAACCUGUGCAUAAAGGAAGACGAAACUACUGCUUAUGAACGAGGCAAAGAAACACACCAGAAUGAAAAAGAAAAACAAUUUGGAUAGAUUUUUUUUUCAAUAUUAAGCUCAAAACAAAAUCCAAAUGUACCAAGAGUUUUUUUUUUACUACAUUUACCUGAAGAUGGUUUCAGAAAUCAUUGUCUGGUCCAGGACCGAGACCAGGCCUCUCUGUUGACCUGAUUAGCAAGGCUGUUGAUGUACUCUGAACAUGCGCACACAAUCACAGCCUGGUUGAUCAGUUGAAAACAGAUUUAUUACUAAUUCCCCUUAUAGUUAAUGGAAGGAUGUUGAAAAGUCGUAUAUCCUCACCAGGAUAGGAUGGGAAACAAUUAUAUGCCUUUGUUAUGCUGGCAUAAUUUUUUAUGAAAAAUAUAUUUGCAACUUUUAUCAUCUUAAUUUCCAGAUGUUGAAAUUUUUUUAUAUUUAAUACUACAUGUAUUCAUCUGUGUAAUACAAAAUUGUUCGUAGUUAUAAUUUUUUUGGAUUCAUUGUUUGUAUAUCAAAUCAAUAAUGUUCAUUUUGUUAAAUUUAUUUACAUGUGUGUAUUUCAUGUACGUAUGUAGAUUUAAAAUUAUAUAUUGUAAUAUUUUUCUAUAUUUUUAUUUGUAUUUCUUGAAUGUAAAUGUUUAUAAGAAAAACUCAUCAAAAAUCAUAUGUAGCACAAUUAAUGUACUUUGAAGUUAUGGUAUGUGAUCUCAUUAUGUGGUUAAAUAUUUAAUAAUUGAUAAAAACAACUUUGUUGCUGCUGGUGUUUUAUUCUGUACAAGCUUUAUUAGAUUUACUACAGUCCUAAUUUAUCACGCUUGUUAAUGGGUUUCAAUAUAAUGUUUUAAUGUUUUCAGUCAGUGGGUUCAGAAUUAUGGGCAGUCCUUGUGGGGGGGAAAAUUGUUGAUAUAAAAGCUUGAUAUUAACUUUGCAUAAUACAUAUUGUCUUAGGAAAAUGUCGAUGUAUGAAUGAAUAUACGAGUGAAUUUAGCUUGUAUGAGGAAUGUCUUCUAGCGAGACGAUGCUGAUGAUGAUAACGCUAACAUUUUUGUACAUAUUUUGUACCCGAAGCAUGUACAGGUGCAUUCCUCAAAAAUAAAUAAAAAAAAGC